CUGUUUACUUCUACCUCUGGGAGUAGGAUUUGUUAUAAUUUCCAGCUUCUACUUCGUUGCCUGGGUAUAAGAGCAAAGUAGUCUUUUUCAGUGGAUUUAAUGCUUAAUUUUUAGCAAAGUGCAUAGUGCUUUUGCAAAUACAUGGCAAGGAGCAGACUACAUGCCAAGACCAACAGACGUGACGAUGUGCUGGCAGCUGCCAUUCUUUAAGUCUUAGAAAAGACAAAAAAUGGGACGAAAGUUGCGAUAUCUUAACAUGAAACAGAAGGUCCUUGCAAUAGCUGCUCUAGGAUUGCUAGUCACUUUUUUUGUGUUUGUAAUUGAACAAAACCGUUUGCAUGUGAUAUCAAAGGAGCUGAGGCGAAAGUAUGGUAAAGAAAGCAGUGUAAGACAUUGGAUGGUGCAGAAAUAUACCGCCUGUAAUGGAUCUUUUCUCGGAUUUGGACACCAGUUUGCCGUCUUGAGAAAUGUAACCUUGCAGCCAAAUAGUAGUAAAUUUUACAUUCCAUGUGACGACAAGAGAAAAUUAGAUUAUUCCUUUGAUUAUGGAAAAGAGGGCACACAUUUGAAUACAUGGAUGAACAAUGUGGAGAUCUACUCCAGGCAGCAGUAUAGCAAUUCAGUGCAAAAAAAUGAAGUACAAAGUGUGAUCCAUCAAACUGUUAAUGGUGUCCUGUCUGACAUUGACUUGAAGGACAAGGUUGUGGUUGCUGUUCAGAGGUAUGAAUCUGCCAACCUGUAUCACACCAUGACAGACUGGUACAAUGUGUUUCUAGUCGCAACUCUCUUGGAUAUUCCCUUGAAGAAUGUGUCUGUUCUCCUGUCUGGAGGAUACACUAAGGGACUUCUGGAGCACACCUGGAAAUCUUUGUUCACCACUGUUUUCUAUACAGACAGUCUCUCCCACCCAUUAAAGCUACCCACCCUUGUGUGGAGUGUCUUAGGCUAUGAAAGUCCAAUUAACCACCAUGGACUUGAAAACAUGCCCUUUCUCAACGAAUUUGUUAGAUUCUUUCUGGGACAACAUUCCAUCACCUCAACCAAGUCAUUAAACUGUGAUAAAAUUGUGAUAGUUUUUAUAUGGCGCCGUGAUUAUGUUGCUCAUAAAGGCAACCCCUCCGGGCUCAUUUCACGAAAAAUAAAAAAUGAACAGGAGUUAUUAGACUAUUUCCGUAAACGCAACCCACAUGCAGAAGUGUCAGGAAUUCAACUUGACUUGUUAAGUUUUAAAGAGCAGCUACAAGUUAUUUCAAAUGCUGAUGUGUUGAUAUCUAUGCAUGGUGCGGGCUUAACCCACACUCUUUUCCUACCGCCACAUGCCGGAGUGAUAGAGCUAUUCACAUUAACCUGGACUAAGUAUUUUGGACUGGACCAUUUUCGGACGAUGGCACGCUGGAAGGACCUCCAAUAUCAGGCCUGGCAGAACCUCAAUCCCACCAACAAGUUUCCCGGACACUAUACAUAUGUCCCACCAUCUAGUCUGUACCAGCUGUAUGCGGGGAUCAUCAGUAAAAUGUGUCCAUGACUUACUACAGUCGGCUUUUUGAACUAGUUUAUACAUAACUGCUGUGUAAAGUCAUUUCAUCAAGCAUUAAACCUACUCUCUCAGUGCUAUAUAAGAGGAUAACUGUUUGUUUCAGUUUUCAAAAGCAUUACCGUAUUUCCCCGUCUAUAAGGCGAUCCGCUUAUAAGACGACCCCCUAACUUUACCCAUGAAAUCUGGUGUUUUUGUCUAGACGGGGUCCAUUUUUAAAGCAAAUCCAACAUUUCAAUUUCUCCAAGUCUGAAUGUUCAAGCUCAAGCUAAACAGUCAAAUAUAUCAACUAAAUUUGUUCAUUUGCUGGAAGAAAAUCGCUGAAUUCUUGUCAACUGUUAGCUCUUUAAUGUGGAGGUAGGUUAAUAAUAGAACAAGGUUACUCAGUUAAGGAUUUAUUUUACGUAUCUUAUUUUGUUAACUCAAAGGUUAAUGCAUAUUUGUAUUAAACUCAAAUAUUUUGGUCAUGAUUUGAAGGUUCACAGAUGACAGUUAUUGAUUAUUAUUUUUCCAAUCGUAUGGUAUGUUUAAGCAGCCUAGAUGCAAUCUUGGGAGUAAAAUGGGAUCAUACGGUAAAGACUGACCCAUUUAAAUACAAACCAUAGCCAGGCGCCUUUGAUCUCUCGAAACUCGUGCUGUGACAUCACAAAUUGUACCGUUUGAUCUGCAGCCGACAAACACAACACAUUCCAAUACAUGUGUAAAUAAGUUAAAUUUUCGCAGGUGUUAGUUUGGAUUGCAGUUGAUGAGACUUAAAUAAGGAGAAAUAAAUAAUAACUAUUGAUGAUUGCGGAUAAAUUAAUGUAACAAUUAAUGAAGUGUGUAUUGAAACAUGCCAGUUAGUCUGCAUGUUUACACGGUGAACAAUAUCCAAAAUAUUUUUAUUAUAAAGGCAGCAAAAUGUGUCUCCUGUGAUGAACAAUGUGUUUGGCCGAUAACAAGCGUUUGCCAAUUGAAAGAUAUCCAGUGUUCAUCGUAGCGAAACAAAGCAGAUGGUCGUCUUAAUCCGAUGGGUGUGAUCUUGUCACUUUUAUUGGGGUGUCAUCAACAGACAUUAAAUCAGACAGUCGAAUACCGUAUGUUGAAUAUUACUGAUUCUGACUCAAUUCUUUCUGAAUUUCUUAUAGCCUCGCUUAUAAGAUGGGCCCCCUACUUUAAGGUUAAAAUCGGGACCCAAUUUCCCUGUCUUAUAGUCGGGGAAAUACGGUAUAUUUCACUGAGCGAGCACAGAAUUAUAUCUCACAUGUGGUUUUGUCACAGCCAUGAGUGAAAUAUUUACUGUUAGUGUUCACAUGUGACAAGGUGAAAUAUAUUGCAAUUUUUAUACAAAGCCAAGUUUAAUAAUGCCAUGCUGCUGUUUGGAAAGGAAGUUAGCAUAUAGUGUUCUAGUCAGUCAGACAAUAGAAAUCAAUCUUACAAAUUUAUUUUAUUUUGCAGUUAUUGUUAAGGGAAGAUCAAUUUGUACUGCCUAAAAAAGGUUUCAAAUAGCAAGUUGUCUGCACUUCGAGAGGUUCGUUCCUAAAUGCCAUCCUUGUGUGCAUAAUUUAAAGUGAUGAUUUAAUUGGUCAGUCAAUGUCAAACCAAUAUAACUGUACAUUUAUGGAACCUUGCAGUGGUACACUUCUUAGUAGUUCAUGGUGAUAAGGCCUAAAAAAAUACAUUUUGAUUGGUUUUUUUUUUAUUGCUUUUCAAUAUGUAGUUUAAAGGGACUAUACACCAGAUUGGCACCAAAAAAGUUUUUUUUCUGUAACGAAUCUCAGGACAAUUAUUUAAUUUUUUUUUUACUCUAUGAUAUCAUAAUUGUAAAAAAACAACACCAAAAUGUAAAAAAAAUAAAAUGUGUCGGAGACGUGGUUCAAACUGGUGUCGUCAAAAUUGCAGUCAAGCGUUGUAUCCACUGUGCUAUGAAGGCUUACACUAAACAGUUGGAAUAUUUAAGCUAUAUACCUAACUUGGUAAUAUCACGUGAUAAGAUCGACUAGCCAAUCACGCAUAAGGAAUGAAUUCUACUAGGUAGACAUACCUAGUAAUCUUUUUUAAUGGAAAAAUACCAAAAAACUGCGAAAAAAUAAAUUAAUUGUAAACUAUGUGGUACUUCAGUUAGUAAGUUUCAAUGCAUUGUACACAUCGAUACCAAGUUUAUGUCAGUUUUCGACAAUUUUCUUCUCUCUUUUUUUCGCUAUUUCUCACACGGAGUGCAGCCCCUUUAAAACCUUGAAUACUUUAUACAGAAUAUUACUUUAACACCAUUCUCCAAUGCUGAAAAUAACAUUCAAAGAUUAUAUAAAGCCUAAUAAAAAAAAUAAAAAUAAAUAAAAAGCCUACAUACCCUACCUAUUUUUGAAAAUGAUGUAACCCUAACCAAACAAAAUUUUUUUUAGGCCUAAGUAAAAAAAAAUAUGCCAAAUCGCUGAUUAUAUGUAGUCUGUUUCCUUUGAAAUGUGAAGUCCAUCUACUGGCUUUCAAUGUUGCAAAGGACAUGAAACUCACUUGGUGGAUAAGGCGAAGUUGAGGCCUCAAUCAGUUACGUAACAAGUAUCGUUGCGCUGUGUUAAAAUCUGUAAGGGCUUCCUUAAAGAAUUUCAAACUGGGAUUAUGAACUCCCUGUUCAUCAAUUUUGGAAGUUUUUCACUGAAAUGUGGAAGUUUUAGUCUCCCUAAUACAAUAUCUUUUUCCAUUUUUUUUUUUCAACUAGUAUGUUAAACAUCAAGUAAUUUGCAACUUUAACUUGCUAAAUUUAAAGACUUAUAUUAUAAUAAUUCAGUUUACUUCAACUGAUUGAAAUUGUAACCAUAAAAGUAAUAUGGACAGGUUUUGAUAUUUUGAACAAGCUUUCUACUUUGGAAGUUUUCUUCAAAGUUUUUGUACUAACAAGGAAUCAAUUUUGGAAGUUUUAACCCAUUUCUAGGGAGUAAUAUACUUCCAAACUUCCUUUAAUGGAAGCCCUGGUUAAAAUGAUUUCAUAAAACUAAAUAGUGCAUCAUUAAAAUGGCGUUUAUUAUGCCUUAGGUCUAUGUAUAGCGAAGUCAAUUCAUGUGUUAAACAUACAAAUAAAUUACCAGACUUCUUCAAGAAUGGCAUCGGCUUAUUCCAAGGGGAGAUCACCUCGCCGAUUCUUUUCAACCUUUCGUGAACGAUAUUGAGACAAUGUUACAUGAAAAUAUAAAUUCUGGCUUAACAUUAGACCAGUUGUCAAUAUUUAUGUCCCCCCUUCGAAGAAGAGGGGUAUAUUGCUUUGCACAGGCUUGUCGGAAUGUCGGUCGGUCGGUCCGUUGGUAGACCAAAGCUUGUCCGAGUGAUAACUCAACAAUGCCUGCACCCAUGGCCCUCAUUCUUGACUUGGAGGUUGGGCCUGACCAGUAGAUGACCCCUAUUGUUUUUGGGGGUCAUCGGGCCGAAGGUCAAGGUCACAGUGACCUUGAAUGGUAAAAGGUUGUCCGAGUGAUAACUCGACAAUGCCUGCACCCAUGGCCCUCCAAACUUGACUUUCAGGUUGGGCCUGACCAUUAGAUGACCCCUAUUGUUUUGGGGGGUCAUUGGGCCAAAGGUCAAGGUCACAGUGACCUUGAAUGGUAAAAGGUUGUCCAUGUGAUAACUCGACAAUGCCUUCACCCAUGGCACUCAAACUUGAUUUUCAGGUUGGGCCUCUCCAGUAGAUGACCCCUAUUGAUUUUAGGGGUCAUUGGGCCAAAGGUCAAGGUCACAGUGACCUUGAAUGGUAAAAGGUUGUCCGUGUGAUUACUCAACAAAGCCUGCACCUAUGGCUCUCAAACUUGACUUGAAGGUUGGG